AUGGAGCACAACGGUAGUGGUGGUGUCUUCAACGACAUACCCAAGCCCAUAAAAGUCAGGCGCCAAAAGAGCAAGCACCCAGAAGUCUUCUACCUCCCCUGCCCAGACGUCUUCAUUAUCCCCAAGCCGCUCACGAGCGCACGCUGGGUUGGCAAGGCCAACUGGGUCCCGAUGGAUUACAAUCCCAAGAUCUGGGUAAGAGCGGAUGGAAAGGAGUGGUCGGUUCGAUUCGGUACGCGUAUGUUCGACAACAAGACCGGUGAGUAUGUCGAGUUUUGUCAUCCGGAUCCAGCUUUGUUGGCGGAUGUGAAUCCGAACGACGAGGAGUGGAGGCGGAAGUACAAUGACUUCUUUCAUAAGCUUGGGGGAGAGUGGUCGGAAGAUGAUGCUGAAGACGAGAAGGACAAUGGCAAGAAAGGCAUGUACGUGGUGGAAGGUGACGUGGAAGGCGAGGACAUGGAGGAAGAUGACGUAGAAGGUCAGGACGUUGAGAUGGAUGGUGGAGCAGAAACUUAA